UUUUGGCAGCCUAUUCAGCUCCUCCAGCAAGCCAGGCAGACAUGCUCCAGCAGCGACAGCCCUCAAACCCAGCAGUUCCACACUACACUUCCAGUCAUCCACCGAGGAGUCCAGCCACAGACCGUCGGGCUCUCUCACCAGGUCCAGCACCUACGACUUUCAGCUGGACAAUGUAUCAUCAGAGAAAUCUAAGGAGGAGAGAGAGAAGGAGAGGCUAGAGCAGUACAAGCAAGUCAGGGCCCUGGUGAAGAAAGAUGAUGGUCGGAUGCAAGCCUACGGCUGGAGCCUGCCAGCCAAGUUCACUGUCAGUGGCAAGGAGACUGAUAGGUUCCAGGUGCCGGUGCCGGUUCCUGUCUACUGCAGGCCUUUGUUUGACACAGACACCAACGACUGGAAGAUCUGGUGUGCUGCCGGUGUCAAUCUAACCGGCUUAAAGAACAGCCAGGGAGACUCAGGUGUCACAUUUUCGGUCUCCCCACCGGAUCCUUCAGUGGAGAGUCAACUGCAGGGAGAUAAUCUACUCAAGGAACUCAAGGAGCAGGAGCUGAGAGCCAGGGAGGAGGAACAAAUGUCCAGCAUGGUCUGGGUGUGCACAGCAAACCAUGACUCCAGCCAGGUGUCAGUCAUGGAUGCCAACAACCCCGCCGACAUCCUUGAGACAUUCUCUGUGUCCGUCUCACAUAUAUUGUGUAUCGCCAGUGUGCCAGGUGUGCUGGAGACUGACUACCCAGUUACAGAAGACACUCUGACAGCUGGUGUUGUUGUAGUCGCAGGAGACACAGUGGUGGAGACGACAGGAUCCAGUCCUGUAGAUGCAGUUAAGGGUGGACACAGUGCAGCUACAG